AUGAACCAUGGCUCCCACUUCCUUUAUGCCCUAGAGAGGAGAUGGGGGACCAAGAAGUACAUCACCUGCCUUCUGGCGGGUGAUGGCACCCCCCACAUAGAUCCAGACUACAAGGUGGUAGCAAAGGCCAUCUCGCUGCACCUGUGGUCUGUGCUGAAGGACGUGAUCCAUCCCGACCAGACGUACACGGUACCCAAACAUUCCAUCUUCAACAACCUGUACCUGGCUCAGGACCUCCUGAAGCUACUGCACCAGGAGGGCCUAUCCUUCAUCCACCUAUCCCUGGACCAGAAGAAGACAUUUGGCACAGUGGAUCACAGGUCAGGAUCCCUGUUGGGGACAGCUUUUGGCAGUGGGGCCAGUGAUGGUAUCAGAGUGAGCACAGGACAGGAUGAUUGGAAGCCCAACAUUGCUUUUGUUGUGGAGAACAAAAUUGAGGAUGAAAUCCAUACAAAGGCACUGUCUCUUGCUGUGCAGGUACCACAGCGGAAGCUCUUCAGUGUGGUGUCAUGGGAAGGAAUUUUUGAACAGAUCCUGGAAGCUGGAAAUCAAAAGGGAAAAAAGACCAAAGAUGUGCCUGUGUAUUAUGAGGUGAUUGAAGUAGCCAAAGCCAUUCUGGAUAGCGGAGAACAGCUUCCUGUAACAUUGCUUGGAAAACUAUUGAAAUUUCAACUACUUUUCAUCAAACAGAAGGAUCUUCAAAGAAGAGCUGCUGAAAAGGCGGCAGAAGAGCAAGAAAAAGAGAAGGAAAAGGAUAAAGGGAAAGUUAAACCUCCAGGCAAGAAGGACAAGUCUCCCAGUGCCAAGUCUGCUGGAAAAGGAGGAAAGGGAAAAAAACUUGAAACAGCACCAGCAUCAACAAGCAUUAUUAAAAAGGACACAAAGUUAAGACAGCGGGGAGAAGAUGAGGAGGAUGAAAAAUACAUUGAUGAUGAACCAGAUGAUGGUGCCCAAUUUUACUUCAUAAUUUUGGGUUUCUGCUAUCCUCAGCUAUUACCUGUGUUAACUGAGCUUGGGGUCAAUAUUUCAAGUGUAAUUAAGAUUUCUUCAGAGAAUUAUGGAUCAUUGCAAACAUACUUGGAAGCAGCAACACUGCAAGAAGAACCAUUACUUCCACCUGAAGUUAUAGAAGCUGAAAAAAAGAAGAAGGAUAAAGCUACCAAGGAUCUGGAAACAUUCUGGAAAUACUUGGAGCCAGUUCUUAACAGUGGGAAGAAUGGAUCAAAUCUCUUCAACAUUGCCAGACUUCAUCACCUUGUUAAGGAAAACACCUAUCCCCUAGUCUGGACAGACAGUGAGAUGAUGCUUGAGUUUGGAACUGCACUUUUUGAAAGCAUUGCAUGUUUAAUGUACGACUGCCUGGAUUGGAGAAGACAACAUAAACAUUACCUGGAUAAUGCCAAAUUUAUUAAUGUUCCUGUAGUAGUAAAGAGCAGAUUGGCACAAUCACUGAUGACAGAGGUACAUCCAGCUUUACAGACUGCCCCUCCAAAGAAGAAAGGCCAAACAGAAGAAAUGCUACUAAUUUCACCACAAGUGGAAGAAGAAUGCUUUCUGACUACGUACGUGGACAUGAGGUAUUAUAAUGACUUGCUGAAUCAGAUUCCUGAAGAGUUCAUUUCUGUUCCUUUAAUAUUGAACUUCAUGUUGGAACAAAUUGUUGCAACUGAAAAAGACAUUACACCACCAAAUUUGGUAGUCCCAGAGCCCCGAGAAGAUGGCACGGAUCGUAGCAUUGCAGAUCACAUAGUGUCUAUCCUUCCUUCACUUGUGCUUUCUGAGAGUGGAAAAAAGAAUCUCUACAGCUUGUUUCUUGCUAAAGACAAUGAAGAAAUGAAAAUCCUCCCCCAAUGGCCUCUUCUACUAAAUUACCAUGAUGUUAUGUCACAGAGGCUGCACCUCUUAAAGGUCCAAGAGGACUUAAACCCAGAAAAGAUUGAACAGAAAAUGAUGGACAAGCUUCCACUUGUGGAACUUCUUCAUUUCCCCCUUCCUUCACCUGGGAACAACACUAAACGCUUGGCCAGAGUCCAUGAGCUCAUGCAUUAUUGUACCAAUGAACUCUUGAGUUGGGCUGAAGUAGAAAGAGCCUUCAAAAUGUUUACUUUUGAAAGCCUGAGGCUGACUGAGCUUGAUGACUCUGGUCUACUGGAGAGUUCAGGGUCGAUGCUUGGUGGUGAUUAUGAAGUAUCUUAUAUCCCAUGGGAUAAUCCAGCCAGGUUUGCAAAACAGCUGAGACAACUACACACCAUGGAAGAUGCUCCUGAUGAGAAAAUUCCUGAAGGCUCAGUGCAUUUAGAAAAGAAUGACAGAGGUGGAGGAGAUGAUCUGGUUGAUCCUCUUUUAAAGGAAGUGAAUCCAGAAAAGAAAGGCCUAAGGAUAGAAUUAGUGGAUAUACAACAGAUUCAGCAGCGGUGUUUGACAGAUUGGACUUUUGCCGAACAUCUUCAGCCACAUGUUCUUCUCCAGGUCCUUCACAAAGCAACACAGCAGUAUAGGUGCAUUGAUUCCUAUCACCACACCCAAGAUAACUCUCUGCUUAUAGUCCUUCACAAUCCCCAGAAUAAACAUCAUCAGUGCUGGGAAUCCUGGAAUAUUGCACUGCACUCAGAUGUUGGAUUCAGAAACUACCUGGAGCUAAUUGCCAGUUCAAUUGAAGACUGGGUGAUGAAGGAAGAAGCCAAAUACCAGCAAGAAAAAAUGACUAAGGAACUAAAAGCCUUAACAUUUGCUGAAGUAACAGCAGAAAGACCUUCUGAAACUAAAUCGUCUACCUCUGCUGUCAGAAAAACUGGUUCUCCCAAGAAAAUCAAAAGCAAUGCUUUAAGACCUGAAAGUAAAGGAGAGACCGCUCCAGAACUUCAACCUGAGAAAGAAAAAAAUUAUUUUAUCAGAGAAGGUUCUCUCAAGGCUUGGAAGGAAGAACAUGAUCGACUAUUAGAAGAAGAACAAUUAAAGGAAGAGAAAAAAGCUGAAAAAGAAAAAUCAGUUGGUAAAAAGAAAGGACAGAACAAAGAAGUAUCAGUCACUGAAGAAAGCAAGAGCUCAGAGAAGAAAGUUUCCAAGGAGAAAUCUAAAGAUGAGCCAGCAAAACCACCUGAACUUGAAGAGCACAAUAUCCUAGCACCACCCUCUGAGAAAGGUUAUCAGUUUCAUGGUUACAACAUGGGGGAGGAUCUCAUCCAAGUCUCUGGAAACACUCGAUACCUUUACCCUGCAGAUGGAGGACAGAUUCAAGUAGAGAAGAUAGAGUUUAUAAAAGGGCGAACUUUGGUCAAGAUGAAGGUGGCAAAGGACAGCCACAGCUUCUUCAUUCAUAUCACAGACCCCAAGAAAACCCAGAUAGAAAGGGAAGCACAGGAAAUGAGUAAUCCUUUGGGAGGACAGCAAAAUGAGCCAGGAAAAUCAGUAAAUGAAAAGAAAACCGUGAGCAGGUUUGGAUCUUUUUCAGCCACCUUGGAAAAUGGAAUCCAGCUGUCCUUGAGCUACUAUGGACCUACAGGAAAGGCAGCAGAUGACACAGACCCUGACUUGGCAACAAUUUUGAAUAUCCCUUCUGUACAUAUUCCGACUGUUGCUCCCACUCUUGCUCCUGUUGCUGCUUCAACUUCUUCAGGAAAAAGCAACAAAUCACUCAAGCAAAAAUCAGCAAAAUCCAUGCCAUCUGCCAAAGUGAGCCAUGUCAAAGCAGUCUCUCCAUCACCAGAAGAUCUUUCAAAGCGGGAAGAAAAAAUGAUAAGGGAAUAUUCACCAGUGGAAACAGAAGAACCAGCUUCCCACACGCAAGCAACACCAGAUAUCCCUACUUUUCAGAGUCUGAAUGUCUCGUGCCCCAAUGGGCUUGUCUUGACCUUCCUCAGUCAGAAUUCCAGAGAUAUGAAAGAUGAAGCCAAGGCAAGUAGUGAACCAAAAGCAGCUGAAGCCAAGGAAGGAAAACUGAAGGAAAAUGAAGCCAAGGAAUGUGUGGCCAAAGCAGAAGAGGCCAAGCAACCUACUCCGGAACUCCUGAUUAGACAGAGUUAUCCCCUACGUAUGAAGUAUUCCCAUCAGUACAAAUCAAUGAAAAAAACAAUAGAACAGGAGGUGUCUAGGGUCAUCACCAGCCAAGGCACUGUCAUAAAGUACAUGUUGGAUGGAUCUACCCAGAUUCUUUUUGCUGAUGGCACAGUGAUCAAAAGUCCCGAUUCUGGCCCUGUUCUACCACCACAGUCCAGCACAGCACCAUCCACUAUACCCGAGAAUAACCUGCAAGUCCAGACACACUCCAAAUUGGAACAUCCUCCAGAGAUCAGCACCAAGAAAGGAAGGAAUAGCCACAAGGGAAGCAUAGCACAACCAACCAAAAAUGAAUUGCCUGAGGGUCCCUGGCAGAUUGCACAGCAAGAGAAUGAGUCAGGAACCUGGAUAACAACUACUCCAUUGGGCUUUCAAGUGGCCACUAAGGGAGUAAAGAGAUUGGAUCUGAAACCAUUAUUAACCUAUGAGGCAACUGACCCAGUUAAUGAAACGGUUCUGGUAAUACGAGAAGACAAGGUGAUAAUGGUUCAGAAAACUGAUGGGACUAUGAUUGUGGAUCAUGCUGAUGGUACUAGAAUCACUACAUUUUAUCAAGAUUUUGAGAAACAUCUCAUACCUGAGGAUUAUGAAGAAACAGCUGAAUCCACAGAAACCAUCAUACGGAAAGUAAAAUGCAUGCGAGUGGAGAAUCCUGACUUUGCCACUGUGAUAACAAACUGUGAAGACAGCACUUGUUGUACUAUCUUUGGAGAUGGGACAUCUAUUAUAGCAAAGCCACAAGGAACAUAUAAGGUGUUACCCUUCAGCACAGGUUGCCUUUUCAUUGAUGAAUAUUGUUCAGCAGUUUAUUCCCAUGAAGUUCAUGAUGACACCAAGUUUCACAGCAGGCAUAAGGAACAGCAAGCAGGAAGAUACAAUAUGAAACACACCUCAGACAUAAUCUGCGAGGUGAUGGAUCCUGAAGGAAACCUAUUCAAG